AUGCCCACCUGCGGCAAACUCCUCCACAGUCAUGAGUGGGAAGCGGAUGAGGGUUAGGGCCUUGCCCAGAACCUUCUGUUUGUUCUCAGAGGUGAGGGGAAGCUGUUGCCUGUAACACUCGGCGUCCGCCCAGCGCACCACCGCACCAAACAGACGGUUCUCGCGAAUCCCCAGGGUGUCUCUCUCCAGCACCGCACACAGCGUAUCUAAAAACACAGGUUCAGCGUUAGGCCUAGUCUACACAGUAUGACAAAAAGGGAAGGAGUUAGGGUCAAAGGUUCAACUUGAUUGUCUCCUGAAUGCACCCAGAAACAAGUAGUCAAUUUCUUCUACUACCUCUAUGAUGGGAUCCUAAUAAAACACCAAAUACCAUGAGUGUAUUGGCGGUUCAUAAAUUAACUGAAAAGGUGCAUAGCACCACCUACUGUACUGAGUGUGUAUAGGUCUGAACAGGUAUAAAGCCACGCUUGUUGAUGUAGCUACUACCACCUGCAGUUAUGGAAUGUUUGCUCAGGAGUUUAAUUCAUUUGCUGACCCCUCCUGAUGACCUGGAAGGAAUUCUGUUCUUCUUCCUUAACUCAUAGCAAGUCCCACCCAGUUGACUACUUCAGAAGCACGCAUGAAGGCUAACCCCCACCGUUUACCCAAAUCAUCCACUGUAUAUCAUUGGGAUUUGUUCCUGUGUGAAUAAUAACCCAUACUCAUGUAUACCUAGGUCAAUGUCAGUGAAUCCUUCUGCGUUUAUGGCAUCACCGGUGCUUUUGUCUAUCGUUUCCAAACAGAGGCUGGCAAGCUGAGGCUCAUCGAAUAGUCUGGCCUGCAGAAAGAAUGAGCACGGUACAAGAUGACACAUCAGCAUGAGACACAUGGGGAAAUUGUCUGUUCAAGUAGCACCCUGGGAAUGUCCAAUUGAUUUGAUAAAAGCAUAACUUGAUAUACAACAUUCUAGGAUCAAACUUGCUCGCUCAAUAGGACAAAAAUAGGAAACGAGAUCUCUUGAAUAUAUAUUUUAUUUUGAUGUUUUGGAAGCACAUUGGCCUAUGAAAAUACUUAGGACAGUGGACAUGAACAGAGUGAAGUGUGUUUAGGCUGGUUUAUUCUGUAGUACUACCCAAGUCAUCUAGGCCAGUGUAUUAUCUUCGGUCAUGGCUUAGUUUUGGGGGUUUUGUACACCCUGUUCUGAAUUGUUACUCAAGAGGAAUUGGCAGAGACACCAUCCUGGCUAUUCUUUCUAUGUGAUGAACUACAGUAGUUUAUUCUAUUUAGAGCAGAGCUCACAUAUUAUUUAGUACCCACAUGAGGAUUUUAUUUACACUGGCCAGUGUAUCCUACAUUAUAUGCUGAGUGAAAAGCAUAUGGCAGGUUAGGUUAUUUGAUAUCAGCCUACAUCAUCAAUCUUAUAUUCUUUGAGUGAGAAGCAUAGCCUCUAGGCUAGUUAUGAUUAUCCAUCAUUAUACUUCCUGAGUGAAUAGUAGUAUUAUGUAGAAUAGUUUAUGCAAUAGGAGUUAUAUUACCAGUCUUAUAUACCUGAGUGAGUAGCAUGAACGCGUUGUCUGCCCUGAGGUGUUUGGUAAGGAACUCCACACACUGGGUCUCCAGAGCAGGGACGGCAUAUUUCUUCGCUGUAUACAGAGUGGUCAUCACCGUCUCUGGUCCUAUGUGGACCUCGUCAGAGUACAGGAACCUGCAGGGACACACACACACAAAGUAAGUGGUCAAAGAAGGUGGGGGGACUGGCUUCCAGAACACCAAAUGUCUGUCUUCUAAAACAAAUGCUUGACAUUGCAUAUAGAAGAGCAAAAAAUGUUUUUACCUGUUGGUAAUUAUCAUGUGAAGUAUUUUUAUUACUAGCCUGUUUUGUAAAAAAUGGUUAAGGAAUCUGGACAAUAGAUUUAGAAUGAGGAAGCGGUAGCCAUAGCUCAGCCAGGAGCCUUGUUUAUAUCAGUUUCAUCAACUCACAUACAGAAAAUGCAAUGUCAGAACUCAUAACAUAAGAGCAACAAAUAUAGCUAGUUAGGUAACAACAACAACACCUCUCUAUAAAUAUAUUAUAUCGCAGUGCACUGCAUGAUCGGUCAAUAGACGUUACCUUAGCAAGGCUAGGAAGGCUGCAGGUUCCACAUCAGGUAACUCUAUCUCGGCCGAGGUGGUGGCCAUUCCCCCGUUGAACAUUGGCGUCAAAUACUGCACUACCAGCAGCUAGGACGAAUUUAUGCGCUGGUAUCCUCUGCGCCUGUCUACCUUUACCGACAAUAAACCUAACGUCGCUGAGCAGUUCGUUAUUGAAGAGAAACGCGAAGCGCUCUUUUACCGAGCUCUUUGUGGCCUGCCAGUUGUACAUAGGCUCCCGGUGAAGGCCCCCCGACGGGGGGGAGAUUGGUGCUGCGACCACGGGGACUGGCAUAUUCGAGGCCGCUCCAGCAUUUCUUCCCGCUCCAGAAUGCGCGAAAUUGGAUGCUCUUCCUUCAAGAUUGGACGGUGGGCCGCUGCCACCACCCCCAGUCGCCAUUUGUACCGUUGUCCUUAUCGUCUUUUACGAUUGAUAAUGGUGGAAAAUAUCAAUUACACAUAUUUGCGUUUUAUUGCGAUUUUUUCACAGACGAAUGGGCCAGCGUUUGUUACUGCUUUCCAGGAAUGACGCACACUUCCGCGGUUUACGUCUCUUCCUGUGAAUCUUUGUUGUUGUUUUCUUUUAACCCAUUAGGCGGCACUGUUUUGUGGUGUCACGUCAAGCAGGCAGCAUCGCUGAAUACCUUUAUUUGGGAAUGACCAUAAAUCUGUCUGGACCAUAAAUCAGUCUGGACCAUGCAUAUUAGACACAACAACACACAGUUAAUAAUUUCCACAGAAUCCGAAUGCGCAGAGCAAAGCUGCUUUGCAACAAGCCAAGCAUUCUUGAAUCGUUUAUAUACUCGUUUUUUUUGUUAAUACUUUCCAGCUAACUUCUGGAAAAUGGUCAAAUCUGUGAAACAAAGCUCCACCCCUUCCUUGUCCCAGCAGGUUUUGACAGCCUCUGGUCCCAUACUAGACUAAAUGUAAAAUUGUAGUGCUUUAAUAAGCGUUUUGGCUUCCGCUGGCCACCUGCUUGAAAGGAUAGUCUCUGAAAAAGGGAGUCCUUUAGUCACCUCAACAGAUUGUAGAGAAUAAUGCUCUAACAGACUCACAUACUUUUGUUUACUUCAACUAUUUGAUGUCUACGAUGUAUUAAGUGCCUUGCUAAAGAUCGAUGUAAAAAAAAAUCCACAGGGACUGAUUCACUUGACCCCUUCUUAUUACAGCUCUCUGUCCAUAGUCGCGGAAGGUAGGGGUGCUGAGGGUGCUGCAGCUUCCCCUGAAAAAUCUGAAUAAUAAUAAUAAUAAUAAUAAUUUAAAAAAAAUAUAUAUAUAGAUGAAUAUUACAAAAAAUACUUUUUCACAAAAGUAGUGCACUGGGCCUUGAAUAGUCCUGUAUUAGCAGACCUAUAUUGCAUUCUGCAGUGCCAGUAAAAACUUUUUUAACUUGACAAUUGCUACUGGUGUUAUCCCUAAGAUUUGGAAAGCGGCACAUGUUCUCCCCCUACAUAAAGGCAGAUCCUUCUGACUUAGAUAAUUACCGCCCAGUCUCCAAGUUAUCUUGACUAGCCAUGGUACUAGAAUCCCUGACCAACUCCCAGCUACAAACUUUUUUAACAUCUCACUCUAUUCUAAAUAUGCACCAGUCUGGUUUUAGAUCUGGAGAUAGCGCUGUUUCAAAUCAAAUCAAAUCAAAAUGUAUUUGCCACAUGCGCCGAAUACAACAGGUGUAGACCUUACAGUGAAAUGCUUACUUACAAGCCCUUAACCAACAAUGCAGUUUUUAAGAAAGAAAAAAACAAAGUGUUAAGUAAAAAAUAGAUAAGUACAAAAUAAAAAAUAGCACAUAAUUAAAGUAAAAUAAAAUAACAAUAGGGAGUGGCUUGCAAGUAAGUAUUCACCCCCCUUGGCAUUUUUCCUAUUUUGUUGCCUUACAACCUGGAAUUAAAAUGUAUUUUUGGGGGGUUUGUAUCAUUUGAUUUACACAACAUGCCUACCACUUUCAAGAUGCAAAAUAUUUUGUUGUGUGAAACAAACAAGAAAUAAGACUAAAAUAAAACAGAAAACUUGAGCGUGCAUAACCCCCCCCCCCCCCCCCCCCCCCCCCCCCCCACCCACCCAAAGUCAAUACUUUGUAGAGCCACCUUUUGUAGCAAUUACAGCUGCAAGUCUCUUGGGGUAUGUCUCUAUAAGCUUGGCACAUCUAGCCACUGGGAUUUUUGCCCAUUCUUCAAGGCAAAACUGCUCCAGCUCCUUCAAGUUGGAUGGGUUCUGCUGGUGUACAGCAAUCUUUAAGUCAUACCACAGAUUCUCAAUUGGAUUGAGGUCUGGGCUUUGACUAGGCCAUUCCAAGACAUUUAAAUGUUUCCCCUUUGAUAAAGAAAUGUGUGAGUGAGAUAUGACUAAAAUGUCACACCCUCAUCUAAACUAAUAAUGUAUGACUAAUUAGUAGACUAGAGUUUAGAGAAUUAAUCAAAUGUGUUUAUAUCCCAGCAAGAGUAUAGACUGGUUCCCAAAACACACAGGGAAAGGGGAGUGAAAGGCUUGCAGGAUAUUGUGAGCAGGCGAUAACUAAGGAAUGCAGCCUAUGAUAAGAACAUGUAUAUGUGUGUGUGUGUGUGUGUGUGACCUGAUGGUCAGGAGAUAAGUUUUCUAGUGGAAAACUACAGGCUGCCUAAGGCGGGGUGGGAUUUUUCCUCUGACGUGUGCAUAUAAAAAUAUUGUAUGACUAUUUUGUUUCAGAACGUUCUUAUGAAUAAAGCCUGAUGAUUGUAUGCUGGGCUGCUUGGUCUGAUUAUUAGAGAUUACAACCUCUGGGAUACAGACUGAGUAAUAAGUUCAUUUUUGAAACAUUGGGAUAGAAAUUCUCGUAACACCCUUAAACCACUCAAGUGUUGCUUUAGCGGUAUGCUUAGGGUCAUUGUCCUGCUGGAAGGUGAACCUCCGUCCCAGUCUCAAAUCUCUGGAAGACUGAAACAGGUUUCACUCAAGAAUUUCCCUGUAUUUAGCGCCAUCCAUCAUUCCUUCAAUUCUGACCAGUUUCCCAGUCCCUGCCGAUGAAAAACAUCCCCACAGCAUGAUGCUGCCACCGCCAUGCUUCACAGUGGGGAUGGUGUUCUUGGGAUGAUGAAAGGUGUUGGGUUUGCGCCAGACAUUUUCCUUGAUGACCAAAAAGCUCAAUUUUAGUCUCAUCUGACCAGAGUACCUUCUUCCAAAUGUUUGGGGAGUCUCCCACAUGCCUUUUGGCAAAUACCAAACAUGUUUGCUUAUUUUUUUCUUUAAGCAAUGGCUUUUUUUCUGGCCACUCUUCCGUAAAGCCCAGCUCUGUGGAGUGUAUGGCUUAAAGUGGUCCGAUGGACAGAUACUCCAAUCUCCGCUGUGGAGCUUUGCAGCUCCUUCAGGGUUGUCUUUGGUCUCUUUGUUGCCUCUCUAACUAAUGCCCUCCUUGCCUUGAUCGGUACUUCUCCACAACUUUGUCCCUGACCUGUUUGGAGAGCUCCUUGGUCUUCAUUGUGCCGCUUGCUUGGUGGUGCCCCUUGCUUAGUGGUGUUGCAAACUCUGGGGCCUUUCAGAACAGGUGUAUAUAUACUGAGAUCAUGUGACACUUAGAUUGCACACAGGUGGACUUUAUUUAACUAAUUAUGUGACAUCUGAAGGUAAUUGGUUGCACCAGAUCUUAUUUAGGGGCUUCAUAGCAAAGGGGGUGAAUACAUAUGCACGCACCACUUUUCCGUUAUUAAUUUUUUAGAAUUUUUAGAAUUCCCUACUCAUUCAAAAACGGUCUGAGAUAGCCUGGACAAUAAAUCUUUCAAAUGGUUUAAGAGUGAUCUGACAGACAGGACACAAUGUGUGCUUUGUGAUGGUGUCAAGUCUAGUUUCUUCAACAGCAGGGGUCAGUAUUGGGACCUGUUCUUUUGACUGUUUAUAUAAAUAAUAUUGGUAUAUGUAUUAAAUCCUGUAAUAUCAAUCUGUAUGCAGACGAUAUGGUUAUGUAUGCCAUUCCACCGACUGUUGACCAAGCUAUGUUAGAGCUGCAAUCUGAUUUAGUUGCAUUACAGAAAGCCCUUGUUGAUUCAAAACUUGUACUUAAUGCAGGCAAAAUGAAAUAUACGUUGUUCUCUAAUUCACUGAAAAAUGUCUCAGAUGUGCUACAUAUUCACUCAUUGGAUGGCUCUCUUUUCGAGCAGGUUCCUUUCCUGUCUAUUAAUAUCUGGGCUUUGGCUUGAUAAAGAUCUAACGUUUAAAAACAUACUGAUGAGCUAGUUAAAAAGCUAAGAUUUAAAGUAGGGCUCUUUUUAAAAAAAUAGAUUUUGCCUCUCCAUGAACAGCAGGAAGCAGAUUGUACAGUCAACUUUCCUGCCAGUUCUUGACUAUGGUGACACCAUUUACCAGAUUGCAGCCACUGCUCUUAAUCUUAAACCUUUGGAUGCUGUUUACCAUAGCGCCCUUCGCUUUAUUACAGUUUUAAUACUCAACACUCCAUCCUUUAUCAGAAGGUUGGCUGGACCUCACUAAAAUCCCGUAGAUCACUUCAUUACUCCCUUCUUGUUUACAAAGCUCUGCUCCACAAGCUUCCAACAUACCUUACUUCCCUGUUGAAAUAUAAAUAUAUGAGAUACCAAACCCGUUUGCAGAGUUGGUUAACUCUUGAGGUCCCGCUUGUCUUUGAAAAAAUUAAUAAUUGUAGGCCAUGGAAAUAUUUAUUUAUUUAUUUUUAUUUAACCUUUAUUUAACCAGGUAAGCCAGUUGAGAACAAAUUCUCAUUUACAACUGCGACAUGGCCAAGAUAAAGCAAAGCAGUGCGAUAAAAACAACAACACAGAGUUAUAUAUGGGGUAAAACAAAACAUAAAGUCAAAAAUACAACAGAAAAUAUAUAUACAGUGUGUGCAAAUGUAGCAAGUUAUGGAGGUAAGGCAAUAAAUAGGCCAUAGUGCAAAAUAGUUAUAAUUAGUAUUAACACUGGAAUGAUAGAUGUGCAAGAGAUGAUGUGCAAAUAGAGAUACUGGGGUGCAAAUGAGCAAAAUAAAUAACAAUAUGGGGAUGAGGUAGUUGGGUGGGCUAAUUUCAGAUGGGCUGUGUACAGGUGCAGUGAUCAGUAAGGUGCUCUGACAACUGAUGCUUAAAGUUAGUGAGGGACAUAAGAUUCUCCAGCUUCAGAGAUUUUUGCAGUUCGUUCCAGUCAUUGGCAGCAGAGAACUGGAAGGAAUGGCGGCCAAAGGAGGUGUUGGCUUUGGGGAUGACCAGUGAGAUAUACCUGCUGGAGCGCAGACUACUAAUAUGUUGUCUGGUGGAUGUAUAUUGUACUACAUAGAGUAGGCCUAUGACAUUUAAAUAGCCUAAAUUCAAGAUGGUCAUAUCGUUCAUCAUCACUUUGCUCAGUGGUUCCCAAUCUUUUUCGGUUACUGUACCACCAACAAAAUGUUGCUCUGCCAGGAGUACCCCUGAAGUACCCCCUCAUGUGCAUUUUAGCAGUAGAUCUAUGGUCCAUGAGUAUUCUCAUGUACACCCUGUGGAUAGACUAAGUACCCCCUAGGGGUCCUAGUACCCCUUGUUGGGAACCACUGAUCUUUGCAGAUGUUCCAAUCAGUCAUAGGCUAUAGUCUACUACUUAGUUAAUUCACAGUUGCUUAAAAAAGGGGCCUACAUAUUAAUAGGGUGAUUAAAUACGCCAAGUAUUGUCUUUCCUAUUUUUGUGCUAUGAUGUUAAUAGCAAGGACCUCGAUCCUGUUUAAAACCCCGUUUAAUCGCGUGUCAUGUUCAGGGAUGUGAACUCCACUUGUGGUACCACGCGUCGACGACAUCAGUCAGAACAGACAGCCAUAACCUUAGCGCCAUAGGAAAGGGGAUAUAUCUCAAUGCUGUACAGUCGCUUCCUCUCGUUGCUUCCUUCCCUUCAUCCACACUGACCUGUGACACUUGGACAGGUAAAAGCAGAUAGCCUAAGCCUAGGUUACCCGACUUCUGCAUUGUCAAUUUCAUCUAUCCUGCCUUUACAGAUCAGUUCAAAUACAGGGGAUGGCGAGGAGGAAGACGAUUGAGAUGUGCCCAGAAUGCUGGCAGAAAAGUAGUACACUGCAUGCAGCAUGCGCGCAAGAAGACAGCUUAUCUGAACGCGAAGACUUCACCUUGUUUUCCUAGUUCUCUGAACAUUUUACUAUAUCACACGGUCUGAGUGGAGCAACAUGUUCGAAUAUUUUUAACAGAUAUAAUGUUGUGUUUUAUUUUCAGAAACUAUGAAUGAUUUAUGCGCGUCGACAGUGUAAAUAGAGCAAUGAACGCGUCUGCUGGGACAGGAGUUUUUAUCUUGUCCUUGACAUCAAUACCCAUUUCAAUUUUCUUCAACUCUCUGAUCUACACUAACUGGUGAGUAUGGAUAUUGUAGAUAAUAUUGUUUUCAUGUGUUUUGUGUUUGAUUGUAGCCGUUAAUAAACCUUAUAAUGCUUGAUAGUGGAUGAUGCUAUAGCCUAGUAGUUUUGUAUGCAGUCUUGAAUGCAAUCUAGUUUAAAGGCAUUAGUCAUAUGUAUCCUAGUUGAUUGUAUUCUGCGUAGGUUAUUUCUGUUUAGGCCUAAUUAAUUGAGGAUUUUUUAUUUCUAGCAUUGAGACAAUCUUUUUCGCUGGAUCUACAACUGUUCUUAUCUUGGCUAUAUCUGCACUAUUUUUAUUCAAGAAGGGGGCACCCAAAGACCCUCUAUUCUAUGGUAAGAGUUUACACUGUUUUCCUAGUACCCGCAAAACACCAGUCUCAACUUCAACAGUGAAGAGGCGACUCCGGGAUGCUGACCUUCUAGGCAGAGUUGCAAAGAAAAAUCCAUAUCUCAGACUGGCCAAUAAAAAGAAAAGAUUAAGAUGGGCAGUCUGAGAUAUGGCUUUUUCUUUGCAACUCUGCCUAGAAGGUCAGCAUCCCGGAGUCGCCUCUUCACUGUUGACGUUGAGACUGGUGUUUUGCGGGUACUAUUUAAUGAAGCUGCCAGUUGAGGACCUGUGAGGCGCCUGUUUCUCAAACUAGACACUCUAAUGUAUUUGUCCUCUUGCUCAGUUGUGCACUGCGGCCUCCCACACCUCUUUCUAUUCUGGUUAGAGCCAGUUUGCGCUGUUCUGUGAAGGGAGUAGUACACAGCGUUGUACGAGAUCUUCAGUUUCUUGGCAAUUUCUCGCAUGGAAUAGCCUUCAUUUCUCAGAACAAGAAUAGACUGAUGAGUUUCAGAAGAAAGUAAUUUGUUUCUGGCAAUUUUGAGCAUGUAAUCGAACCCACAAUUGCUGAUGCUCCAGAUACUCAACUAGUCUCAAGAAGGCCAGUUUUAUUGCUUCUUUAAUCAGCACAACAGUUUUGAACUGUGCUAACAUAAUUGCAAAAGGGUUUUCUAAUGAUCGAUAAGCCUUUUAAAAUGAUAAACUUGGAUUAGCAAACACAACGUGCCAUUGGAACCCAGGACUGAUGGUUGCUGAUAAUGGGCCUCUGUACGCCUAUGUAGAUAUUCCAUAAAAAAUCAACUGUUUCCAGCUACAAUAGCCAUUUACAACAUUAACAAUGUCUACACUGUAUUUCUGAUCAAUUUGAUGUUAUUUUAAUGGACAAAAAAGUUGCUUUUAUUUAGAAAACAAGGACAUUUCUAAGUGACCCCAAACUUUUGAACGGUAGUGUAUAUAUACAGAACUAUAUUUAUCCAUAUAUAUCCAAAGCGACUUACAGUAGUGUGUGCAUACAUUUUCAUAUGUGUGACCCCAGCCGGCAUCGAAAACCCCCAGGAUCCUGGACCUGGCGUUGCAAGCGCUAUGCUCUACCAACUGAGCCACACUGGGCUCUACCUUCGCCAUUGGACUUGUCUUUUCUAUUUGGUUUUACUUGCUAUGAUUUCGUUAUGUGGUUGUUAAUUGAAGGAACUGAUUGUAAGAGUGUCUGCUAAAUGACUAGAAUAACUAAAAUAAGUAAAAGUAAAAUGGAAAUGUAUUAUUCAGUGUUCUCUUGUUCUGCCAGUGUUUGCAGUGUAUGCGUUCCUGAGUGUGGUAAACCUGAUCAUUGGUCUGGAGCAGGACAGUAUCAUCGAUGGUUUCAUCACCUUCUAUCUAAAAAAUGCAAGUAAACAUCCCUACGGCACACACACGGACCGACGGAAGGACCCACAUGGACGAACGGACGCACGCAUGGACACACACACACGGAUGGACACACACACGGACGCAUGCACACACACACACACUGCCUACAGUCCGUGCCAUUGAAUACAAAUUGAAAACUGAAAACUGAAAACUGACCCAUGCAAUGAAGAACCCAAUGAAAACGGACUUUAACAGUGUUGUAAUAAUAUAUCUUUAUAAUGUUCAUUACAGGCAGACCCCUACAUUAACACGGCCCAUGGACACAUGAUCUCCUAUUGGGAUGGAUGUGUCCACUAUCUCAUGUACCUGCUCAUGGUUGCAGCUAUAACCUGGGGGUAUGUGCUUUACAUUGACUUUAUAGCCGUUUUAGGAGACACAUCCAAAGAGGUUUAGAAAAAUAACAUUUAAGUGAGUCUGUUAAGACCGUAUAAGUAAGUUCAAUGGAAUCUGUUAAGACUAUAUAAGUAAGUUUAAUGGAGUCUAUUUAAGCCUGAGGGUGUGUGGUAUAUGGCCAAUAUACCACGGCUAACAGCUGUUCUUAGGGACGAUGCAACGCGGAGUACCUGGUUACAGCCCUUAGCCGUGGUAUAUUGGCCAUAUACCACAAACCCCCGAGGUGCCUUAUUGCUACUAUAAACUGGUUUUCAACGUAAUUAGAGCAGUAAAAAUAAAUGUGUGUCAUACCCGUGGUAUACAGUCUGAUAUACCACAGCUGUUAGCCAAUCAGCAUUCAAGGCUCGAACCACCCAGUUUAUAAAAAAACUUUAAAGGUAAGGAAGCUGAAACAAUCAUACAUUUACAUUGAUAGCAAAUACCACUCAACUGUACUGAACUGGGGGUAAUAGCUCCUUAAUAACUCCUUAUUAUGAGGGUGUCUCAGCCUUUAGCUCAUGCUCACACAUUAACAGACAUGACUCCUGUCAGUAUCAGACAUGAUGACUUGGGGUGCCGUAUUAUUUAUAUACAGUGAGCUCCAAAAGUAUUGGAACAGUGACUCAUUUGUUGUUGUUUUGGCUCUGUACUCCAGCAAUUUGGAUUUGAAAUGAUACAAGACUAUGAGGUUAAAGUGCAGACUGCCAGCUUUAAUUUGAGGGUAUUUUCAUCCAUAUCGGGUGAACUGUUUAGAAAUUACAGUACCUUUUGUACAUAGUCCACCGAUUUUAGGGGACCAAAAGUAUUGGGACAAAUUCACUUAUUUGGUCCCAUAUUGCGCUUGUAACGCCAAGGUAGUGGGUUCGAUCCCCGGGACCACCCAUACACAAAAAUGUAUGCACGCAUGACUGUAAGUCGCUUUGGAUAAAAGCGUCUGCUAAAUGGCAUAUUAUUAUUAUUAUUAUUAUUAUUAUAUUCAUAGCAUGCAAUGAUUACAUCAAGCUUGUGACUUUACAAAUUUGUUGGAUGCAUUUGCUGUUUGUUUUGGUUGUGUUUCAGAUUAUUUUGUGCCCAAUAGAAAUUAAUGGUAAAUAAUGUAUUGUGUCAUUUUGGAGUCACUUUUAUUGUAAAUAAGAAUAUAAUAUGUUUCUACAUUAAUGUGGAUGCUACCCUGAUUAUGGAUCAUCCUGAGUGAAUGGUGAAUAAUGAUGAGUGAGAAAGUUAUAUACUGUAGUGCACUAAUUUUGACCAGAGCCCAUAGAGGUCUUAGUUAUGGGCUACAACAAGGAGCAACAGUUACGAUGUGUGAUGUAUGUGUUGUGUGUUGUGUGAUGUGUGUGUUGUGUGAUGUGCGUGUUGUGUGUGUUGUGAUGUGUGUGUUGCCUGUCUUUGCAGGGCGAGCUACAGAGCCAUCGGCCUGUACUGGGUGGGGUCCAUUCUCAUGCGCAUCAUUGUCUACAUUCCUGGGAAUGUUGUGGGUGGGUACACUCAAACUAAUGGAUAAAAUUAGACCAUUACUUUAUUGAACAUGCAUGGCUGAUACAGUGAGGGAAAAAAGUAUUUGAUCCCCUGCUGAUUUUGUACGUUUGCCCACUGACAAAGACAUGAUCAGUCUAUAAUUUUAAUGGUAGGUUGAUUUGAACAGUGAGAGACAGAAUAACAACAAGAAAAUCCAGAAAAACGCAUGUCAAAAAUGUUAUAAAUUGAUUUGCAUUUUAAUGAGGGAAAUACGUAUUUGACCCCUCUGGAAAACAUUACUUAGUACUUGGUGGCAAAACCCUUUUUGGCAAUCACAGAGGUCAGACGUUUCUUGUAGUUGGCUACCAGGUUUGCACACAUCUCAGGAGGGAUUUUGUCCCACUCCUCUUUGCAGAUCUUCUCCAAGUCAUUAAGGUUUCGAGCCUGACGUUUGGCAACUCGAACCUUCAGCUUCCCUCCACAGAUUUUCUAUGGGAUUAAGGUCUGGAGAUUGGCUAGGCCACUCCAGGACCUUAAUGUGCUUCUUCUUGAGCCACUCCUUUGUUGCCUUGGCCGUGUGUUUUGGGUCAUUAUCAUGCUGGAAUACCCAUCCACGACCCAUUUUCAAUGCCCUGGCUGAGGGAAGGAGGUUCUCACCCAAGAUUUGACGGUACAUGGCCCCGUCCAUCGUCCCUUUGAUGCGGUGAAGUUGUCCUGUCCCCUUAGCAGAAAAACACCCCCAAAGCAUAAUGUUUCCACCUCCAUGUUUGACGGUGGGGAUGGUGUUCUUGGGGUCAUAGGCAGCGUUCCUCCUCCUCCAAACACGGCGAGUUGAGUUGAUGCGAAAGAGCUCCAUUUUGGUCUCAUCUGACCACAACACUUUCACCCAGUUCUCCUCUGAAUCAUUCAGAUGUUCAUGGCAAACUUCAGACGGCCCUGUAUAUGUGCUUUCUUGAGCAGGGGGACCUUGCGGGUGCUGCAGGAUUUCAGUCCUUGACGGCGUAGUGUGUUAGCAAUUGUGCGCCGCCCAUGAGUCUCCCGGUCGCGGCCGGCUGCGACAGAGCCUGGAUUCGAACCAGGAUCUCUAGUGGCACAGUUAGCACUGCAAUGCAGUGCCUUAGACCACUGCGCCACUCACCAGCUGCUUGGCGAUGGUCUUGUAGCCCAUUCCAGCCUUGUGUAGGUCUACAAUCUUGUCCCUGUCAUCCUUGGAGAGCUCUUUGGUCUUGGCCAUGGUGGAGAGUUUGGAAUCUGAUUGAUUGAUUGCUGGCUCCCAGGUGUCUUUUAUACAGGUAACAAGCUGAGAUUAGAAGCACUCCCUUUAAGAGUGUGUUCCUAAUCUCAGCUCGUUACCUGGAUAAAAGACACCUGGGAGCCAGAAAUCUUUCUGAUUGAGAGGGGGUCAAAUACUUAUUUCCCUCAUUAAAAUGCAAAUCAAUUUAUAACAUUUUUGACAUGCGUUUUUCUGGAUUUUGUUGUUGUUAUUCUGUCUCUCACUGUUCAAAUAAACCUACCAUUAAAAUUAUAGACUGAUCAUUUCUUUGUCAGUGGGCAAACGUACAAAAUCAGCAGGGGAUCAAAUACUUUUUUCCCUCACUGUAUGCUCUAUCCCUGAACACAAUACAAAUCAGUCUCAGCACGGAUCUAGUGAGAUUUACGGCUGGACAGACGGACAGAAAGACAGACAGAACAUGUAUUGUCUGUCCUCAGAGAGGAACAUUACAUUUUCACACAUACUUUUUGAUCUCUCUCCACCAGGGAAGUAUGGUACCCAGCUGAGCCCCCUGUUCCUGGUCCACAUGCUCUACGUCGUGGUGUCGGUGUGGGCCUGCUUCCGCGUCUUCAGCCAGUCCUCCACCAGACAGGCUCGGCCAAUGGUAAGAGCCCAAUCCUUCAGGGUCAAAGGUCAUACAGUAGCCUAACCCAAGGCAACUGUAUUGCAUUGUAACCGGAUGCUGUAAUGCAAUGCAGCAAGUGACAUAGUUAUUGUCAGGCUCCGCCAAUGGUGAAAGGCCAAUUUACUCAGGGGUCAGGGGUCAAGGGUCAACAUGCCAUAACCCAGAGCAACAUGUGUUACAUAGUCACUCUCCAUUUAUCAGUAAAAGGCCUACUUGUUUGAGCAAUGAUACAUCCACCAUGAUUGACCACUGGGGAUUUUGGUUAAAGAUGCCACAGUAAAAAUAGAUGUUCCCAGAUAUUAUUAGACAAUUCAAUGGGAAUUGGCUCCUCUUGCAGAGGCCAAGCAUUUUUUGACAAAAUGUUUUCAUGUCAAUCUGAAGCAUUUCAAUCUGAAGCAAUUUUUUAUUUUAUUUUGUUCACUCAAUCCUGCAAAGCUUUUUUGGUGUGCAUACAUCGAGCGACAAAUCUUGAUUUGAGCAAUAUCACUAUCCAUUAAAACAGAGAGACAUCGCUGAUGUUGUUAGUGUUGUUUUGUUUGUUUUUUGUCUAUCAGAGUAUCCAUGAGGCCCAGAGGACUACGCUGGUAGAGAGGCCCCUAGACUUUCUGUUUGUCAUCUACCUUGUCCCCGCUACAUUUUUCUGUGUCUUCAGAGGCCUGGUAAGAACCGUUGCCAAACUACAGAUACCAGCCAGUUGUACUUCUAAUGGAUCUAUGGGUUACAGUGGCGACUGCCAGGUCCCCCUCGCAAAAGAGGUUUCCAACCUCAAGGGUCUUUCCCUGGUUAAAUAAAGGUAAAAAGAAUCUGAGAAGAAAAUGUUAGAGCAUGGUGCUGGCAACACCAAUGUCAACACACCAGGGCCACCUAAUACUGAAUAUGUCACUCUGAGCUGAAUAAAAGCUUCUGUUACAAAAGGACCUCAUCAUUAUAGUUAUACUCAUUGCUGAAGAAAGGUGUGAGGCCCAUUUAGCUGUUUAUAACUGGGCCUGAUGUAAAACUCAUUGAACAGUGUGUCCUAGGUGGCCCUGGACUGCCCGACAGAGUGGUGUCAGGAGUACACCCAGCAAUAUGAGCCUUACCUAAAGGACCCCUCAUCUUAUCCUAAAAUACAGGUAAGAUUGCAUUGUGUGUGGUGCGUGUGGCCCGCUGUUUAAUACUAAAUGUCUUGUUAAACUUAAGUUCUUCCUCACGGAAAUUGUUAAAGAAAAGUUACAAUUUAAUUUCACUUAUGGUGCGUUAGCUCACAGCACAGGUGUCUUAGCAAGAGGAAAAUGUCACCCUAGGUCUUAAUCCUAAAUGAAUGGAAAAGAGUGGCACCGUCUUAUCGUUAGAUCUGAUGAGACGGUGCCAACCUUUACAUUCAUAUGGGAUCGAGGCCUGCUGAUUUCUCUAAACAGCAGAUAGACUAGCACAUAGAAUAUAGACAGCUUGACUUUAGAUCACUUAGUAAUAGGGAAUGGAAAUGUCUCAACAGGUUUGAGGGUUUAGGGAUGAACCAUCCCUUUAAGAGUGUCCAACUAAUUACAAGUAUGGGUAACUAAAUACGUGUGUGUCUGAAAGUGGGCGUUGCAAAAUAAGUGGGUGGAUCAACAGCGAUGGGUGUAAUGUUAGUGGGUGGAUCAAUAGCAAUGGGUGUAACAUCAGUGGGUGGAUCAACAGCGUCAUCCAGGGUAAGUGAGGGUUUGGCCGGCAGGGAUGUUCUUGUCCCAUCGCGCACUAGCGACUCCUGUGGCGGGCCGAGCGCAGUGCACGCUGACUCGGUCGCCAGGUGUACAGUGUUUCGUCCGACACAUUGGUGCGGCUGGCUUCCGGGUUAAGCAGGCACUGUGUCAAGAAGCAGUGCGGCUCGGUUGGGUUGUGUUUCGGAGGACGCACGACUCUCGACCUUCACCUCUCCCGUGUCCGUACGGGAGUUGCAGCGAUGGGACAAGACUGUAACUACCAAUUGGAUACCACGAAAUUGGGGAGAAAAAAAGACCAAUUAGUGGAAAACAGAUCAGAAUUGUGCUGCAUGUGUAAAAGCAACCUACUAUGUCUCUGCUGUGUCCUAGAUGAUAGUGAACAUGCUUUACUCCGGUCCGUACUACAUCAUCGCUCUCUACGGGCUGCUCGUGCCUGGGUGUGAGUGGAUGCCUGACCUCACUCUGGUCCACUCUGGGGCAAUAGCACAGGUGAGUGGGGAGCAUAGAAAUAUAACUGGAAUUAAAUUACUAUUUUUAUUCUAGUUCUAUGGUGGGGAAGUAGACCUGGGUUAAAACAGUAUUUGUUUUAUUUUAAAAUUGCUUUCAGAGUUUGAUUGAGCCUGCUUGGAGUGCUAGAUGGGUGGGAUUUGCACUUUUGGGACUAUGGCAUUGGUUUCAUUGUCAGGGAAGCUCAAUGAAGCUCAGUUUAAGUUUUACAGGUGAUACAAAUACUAUUUGAACCCAUGUCCUAUGGUAACUAUUGCAGCUAUUGAAUAUUAGCCAAUAGCCAGAGCAUGAGUGUUUCUCUCUCUCUGGCACAGAAAGCAGUGACAAUUGCCCGCUGUGUGCAAUAAAAAUAAGUAGGGUGAAAUGUCCCAUCCUACAUGCUGAUCUUGGGUCAGUUGUGCAUUUUCCCCACUAUAGGUCAAGGUUAGGGUUGGGGGAGCAGAUCCUAGAUCUAUACCUAGGGGAAACUUCACCUAUACAAAUACCAGUGUGGUCCUAGAUAAAGCCUGUGAAUGACUGUGGCUCUGCACAUGGUUAAGUCAUCUGAAUUCCUGUGGACAAGCUGUAGUACUGCAAAGGCCAGUGUGUGCACACACGCACAGACACACACAGACACACACAGACACACACAGACACACACACACACACACACACACACACACACACACACACACACACACACACACACACACUCACACACAGUCUGAUUAGUGCUAUAUAUACCUGGGUUUCUAAGGUACUCUCUCUAACAAGGGCUCAGGGAGCGCUCUGUAUAUGGCCAGUAUUUUGAUGCAUCUUUAAGGACCGGUGAUAUUUGCUAAAGCAACUGACCCACAGUAUGCAUGCUUUUGUUCCAGCCUUGUCCUAAACAACACACCUGAUUCAACUGAUCAACAAAUCAUCACACCAGGUCUUGAUGAGUUGAAUCAGUUUUUAGUGACAUACAGAUAGACGUUGGACUGACACGUUCUUUUUCAGGUGGGUUUACCUUGCUUGCAGACCUAUUUCCCUUUGGGUACAAUACAUUUUGGUUGAUUGAUCGGUCAAAAUGUAUGUAUGUGUACCACUAAAAGCUUAUUUACAGAUCACGUGUGUGGUUGGAAGAAGCAAACAAAACAGUGAGCGGCUGCCAUUGCUUUGUUGUGAAGCCAGUAGGCUGCCCUGUGUUGUCAGUCCCAAGAGAGACAAAAGCCGGGGCCAUCUUUAGACACAGCAGGCACAUUGGUAUUGUAUACAAGCCAGCUGCCUAGCCAGGCUAAAUAUAGAGGUAGAGAGUGUACAGACAGGCAGACAGACAGACAAGCAGGCUGACAGGCAAACAGGCAGGCAGACAGACACAGACAAGCAGACAGACAGACAGACUCAUACGUCUCGUUUCAAUGCCACUCCAUGCUAGGAAUGACAGGAGUAGGCUACAGGGAAAUAGGCCCGGUACAGAGAUUGAUAGUGGAGAGAUAUUCCACUCAUGAUGGUGACAGAAUCUGAUAGUAAACAGCUCAGGAGAGUGUAGGUCUAUGCUAUGGUACAGGGUUCAUAGCAGAUGUAUGGUAUGCUUGUACAGUAUAUAGAAGAUGCGUACCAAGAAAUACAGCUAUUCUAGUGUAUCGUCCAUCUGUCAUGUUGAGAUUGUCAAAACACAUCCUUCAUUUUUUUUCAUUCUUUCUCCUCCUCAUCUUCUCCCCUUAUCUCCCCCAUUCUUUCUCCUCCUCAUCUUCUCCCUCUUUCUUCUCCCCUUAUCUCCCCCAUUCUUUCUCCUCCACUUAUUGUUCUUAUACUCUCUCUGUCUUCUCUCCUCCUCCUCAGGCCCAGUUCUCCCACAUCGGUGCAUCUUUCCACACGCGGACGCCGUUCUCCUACAGAGUACCAGCUGACAGCCAGAUUGUCUUCCUAUUAGUCAACGCCCUGUAUGCCAUCGUACCUCAAGCCCUCUGCUACCGCUGUGUCACCAGCCCUGCCUUCUUCCUCAGAGACCAACCCAAUGACAAGAAGACUGACUGAAGGAGCUGGCUGACUGGCUAUCUGUCUGGCUGGCUGGCUG